AAAAUCCUUUAGCUUCUCUCUCUCUCUCUCUCUCUAUCCCUCCUUCUGUUUCGCGGCGGAGAGAAUUGAAAUGGAGCUCAGCUUGAGCACUUCCUCCGCUUCUCCUGCGGUUUUGAGGAGACAAGCUUCUCCUCUCCUUCACAAGCAACAAGUGCUCGGCGUCAGCUUUGCUUCCGCGCUUAAACCAAGAGGAGGAGCUCUUCGAUUUCCUUCCCGCCGUCCGCUUCCUCGUCCCAUCACUUGCUCCGCCUCUCCAUCAACUGCCGAACCAGCCUCCGAGGUGAAGAAGAAGCAGUUGGAUAGGAGGAAUGACGUGAGGAAUAUAGCAAUCGUAGCACAUGUUGAUCAUGGCAAAACUACUUUGGUUGAUUCUAUGCUUAGGCAAGCUAAGGUUUUCCGAGAUAACCAAGUCAUGCAAGAGAGGAUCAUGGACUCAAAUGACCUUGAGCGUGAAAGAGGAAUCACUAUACUUAGCAAAAAUACCUCCAUCACUUACAAAAACACGAAAGUAAAUAUUAUUGAUACUCCUGGCCAUUCUGACUUUGGGGGUGAAGUGGAGCGUGUCUUGAACAUGGUUGAUGGAGUGCUUCUUGUGGUGGACUCUGUUGAGGGACCAAUGCCCCAGACAAGGUUUGUUUUAAAGAAGGCUCUUGAGUUUGGACAUGCAGUUGUUGUGGUCGUUAACAAGAUUGACAGGCCUUCUGCUCGUCCUGAAUUUGUUGUCAAUUCCACCUUUGAACUAUUUAUUGAACUAAAUGCUACAGAUGAACAGUGUGAUUUCCAAGCGAUAUAUGCUAGUGGGAUUAAAGGAAAGGCAGGGCUUUCUCCGGAUGACCUUGCAGAAGACCUGGGACCCCUAUUCGAAGCUAUAAUCAGAUGUGUACCUGGGCCAAAUAUUGAAAAAGACGGUGCACUUCAGAUGCUUGCCACAAAUAUUGAGUAUGAUGAGCAUAAAGGACGCAUUGCUAUUGGACGACUACACGCAGGGGUACUGCGCAAAGGAAUGGAUGUCAGGGUGUGCACUUCUGAAGAUUCCUGUAGAUUUGCAAGAGUUAGUGAGCUUUUUGUAUAUGAGAAAUUCUACAGAGUACCUACUGAUUCAGUGGAAGCUGGAGAUAUUUGCGCUGUAUGUGGCAUAGACAACAUUCAGAUUGGGGAGACUAUUGCUGAUAAAGUACAUGGGAAGCCUCUACCUACAAUCAAAGUUGAAGAGCCAACUGUGAAAAUGUCCUUCUCUGUAAACACCUCUCCAUUUUCUGGUCGUGAGGGGAAGUAUGUAACGAGCAGGAACUUACGAGAUCGUUUAAACCGUGAACUUGAGAGAAAUCUAGCUAUGAAAGUGGAGGAUGGUGAGACAGCAGACACAUUCAUUGUUAGUGGGCGUGGUACAUUACACAUUACCAUCCUGAUAGAAAACAUGCGAAGAGAAGGAUAUGAAUUUAUGGUUGGCCCCCCGAAAGUUAUCAAUAAAAGGGUGAACGACAAAUUGCUGGAGCCAUAUGAGAUAGCAACUGUUGAAGUACCUGAGGCUCACAUGGGGCCUGUUGUUGAACUUCUUGGCAAAAGGCGUGGACAGAUGUUUGAUAUGCAGGGUGUUGGGUCGGAAGGAACAACCUUUCUGCGGUACAAAAUCCCAACACGUGGACUUCUUGGAUUGAGGAACGCAAUCUUAACAGCUUCUCGCGGGACAGCUAUCCUUAACACUGUAUUUGACAGUUAUGGACCUUGGGCCGGUGAUAUUAGCACCCGCGAUCUGGGUUCGCUGGUUGCCUUUGAAGAUGGAACAUCAACAUCAUAUGCUCUGGCGAGUGCGCAGGAAAGAGGGCAAAUGUUUGUAGGUUCAGGAGUGGAUGUAUACAAAGGUCAGAUAGUUGGGAUUCACCAGAGACCCGGGGACUUGGGUCUUAAUAUAUGCAAGAAGAAGGCAGCGACAAACAUAAGGUCCAACAAAGAUGUAACAGUGAUUCUUGAUACUCCAUUGACAUAUAGUCUGGACGAUUGCAUCGAAUACAUUGAAGAGGAUGAGUUGGUGGAGGUUACACCUUCAAGUAUAAGGAUGUGCAAGAAUCCAAAAAUGGCAAAGAAAGGCAGGCAGUAAAACCCAUUUUGCAGCUGGGGGUUUGGGUGAAAUUGAAGAAAAGCUUCUACUAAAAAAAAUGAAAGCUAGUUUCUAGUGUUAUUUAUAGGCUUGUUUGAUUCUUAUACAUAGUCUUAUUCUUAUAGCAAAGGGGGAGUCCUCAUGUAAUCCAAUUAGUGUUUUUUUUGGAAUAUCUCCAUGCCCUUUGUUCGAUCAUCUGAUACUUAAGCUGUACAACUUCUAAAGUUACCACUAGCCGAUAUGGUUGCUUAAAUUGUGAAUC